AUGGCCUCGUCCGUCGCCCUUCGUCAGGCACUCAACCCCACUCCCUUCCUCACAGGAGCUCCCACAACCCGACUCUCACCAUCCAGAGCGUCAGUGAGCAAUGGCGUCUCGCUGUCCUCUUUCCAGGUAACAUCCGUGCAAUCUCAGUCUAGGGCGAUCGUGUGCUCCGCUGCCGGCACAGAAGUCACAUCAGCAGCAUCCACUGACAACUGGGUGCCAGUAAUCCCUAUGGAGGCACUUCCCAAGGGAGAGAGGCGGCUCAUCAGGCAGGACGGCCAGGAGAUUCUUCUAUUCUGGUACCGGAACGAGAUUUACGCCGUGGAGAACGUUUCGCCUGCAGAGGGAGCGUACUCGGAGGGAUUCCUCAACGCUAGGUUCACCCAGGACGGCUGCAUCGUGUGUCCCUCAACGGACACCACAUUCGACCUUAAAACCGGCGAGAUCAAGGAGUGGUACCCCAAGAACCCCGUGCUGCGAGCCCUCACCAAGCCUCUCCGCGGGCUGGAAGUGUUUCCCGUGAAGCUCGAGGACUACCAGGUCUGCAUCAACAUGGGCCGCGGCUCCGCCGGUGCUGCUGAGGUGGUGGUGGGGGAGGCUUCCAGGGUCGGCCAAACGGUCUCUGACGUCAAUGUGAAUGAGACUAGGAUGGUGGUGGACGAGUCAGCAGGCGGAUUCGGGUUCUCACCACAGAACGAAUUGCUCAACGGCCGAGCAGCAAUGGCAGGCUUCGUGGGUCUACUGGUGAUCGAGCUUGUCACUGGCAAGGGCCUGCUGUCCGCUACUGGGUUCCUCGACUUCCUAUACCGCCGCGUCACCCGCUUCUCGCCUCACCCGCCGCAUGCCUCACCUGCGAAUCGGCACAAUACUCGCCUCACGCGCUGCUCGGCUCAUAACCCAUUUCGUCAUUUCCCCCCCUUCCGCCUCUCGUUUCCUCAAUCUCGUUUCCCCCCUUUCUCCCUCUCGUUUCCCCCCCUUCCGCCUCUCAUUUUCCCCCCCUUCCGCCUCUCGUUUCCCCCCUUUCUCCAUCUCGUUUCCCCCCAUCCUCCCUCUCGUUUCCCCCCAUCCUCCCUCUCGUUUUCCCCCUCCACCCUCUCGUUUCCCCCCCUUCUCCCUCUCGUUCCCCCCCCUUCCGCCUCUCCUUUCCCCCCCUUCCGCCUCUCGUUUCCCCCCCUUCUCCCUCUCAUUUUCGCCCUUUCUUCCUCUCAUUUCUCCCCCCCCCCUCCCUCUCAUUUCCCCCCCUGCUCCCUCUCAUUUCCCCCCCUGCUCACCCUCACUUCCCCCCUUUCUCCCUCUUCAUUUCCUCCUCUCCUUCCCCUCAUUUCGCCCUCUCCUUCCCCUCAUUUCCACCUCCGUGUCUACUCAUUUCCCCCUCUCGUCUACUCAUUUUCCCCUCUCGUAACUCCCCCUUCCCCCUCUCGUAUUCUCCCCUUCCCCCUCUCAUUUCUCCCCAUCAUCCCUCUCGUUUCCCACCCUUCCCCCUCUCGUUUCCCCUCCUCUCAUUUCCCCCCUUCUCCCUCUCAUUUCCCUCUCUUCCCCCUCUCAUUUCCCCGCUUUCCCCCCUCUCGUUUCCCCCCCUUGCUCCCUCACAUAUUCCCCCCUUCUCUCUCUCAUUUCUCCUCUUCGCCCUCUCAUUUCCCCCCUUCUCCUGCUCAUUUCCCCCCCCCCCUCUUCCUCUCGUUUCCCCCCCUUCUCCCCCUCAUUUUCCCCCUUUCUUCCUCUCAUUUCCCCCCCCCCUCCCUCUCAUUUCCCCCCCUGCUCACCCUCACUUCCCCCCUUUCUCCCUCUUCAUUUCCCCCUCUCCUUCCCCUCAUUUCGCCCUCUCCUUCCCCUCAUUUCCACCUCCGUGUCUACUCAUUUCCCCCUCUCGUUACCUUCAGUUCCCCCUCUCCUUCCCCUCAUUUCGCCCUCCUUCCCCUCAUUCGCCCUUUCCUUACCCUCAUCUCCCCAUCUCGUUUCUCGCAUUUCCCCUACUCCGUCCCCUCGUUUCCCCCUCUCCCCUCAUUUCAUCCUCUCGAGGGUCCGGGUGAGUGUGCUCAUGCUGCUGGCGCGCGUGAGGGAGCUGCAGCGCCCUCACAUGCUGCACAGUCCUUCCCCUCCUCCCCCCUUGGCUUACCCUUCCUUACUCCCCCCCGGGCAACCCUUGCUCCCCCUUUGCUCCCCCUCCCUUCCCCUACAGCUUACCCUCUGUUUCUUCUGCAGCUUGCCCUUGUCUCUUAG